AUGCCGCCCAGCCGCUCCGCCGCCCGCCGCUGAGCCCGCGUCCACCCUCCAGCUCCCAAGAUGUGGCACAACGUGGGGCUGACCCUGCUGGUGUUCGUGGCCACGCUGCUGAUCGUCCUGCUGCUGAUGGUGUGCGGUUGGUAUUUUGUAUGGCAUCUCUUUUUAUCUAAAUUCAAGUUUCUACGGGAACUGGUGGGAGACACAGGAUCCCAGGAAGGAGAUCAUGAGCCUUCAGGGUCUGAAACGGAAGAGGACCCUUCAGCUUCACCACACAGGAUCAGAUCUGCUCGUCAGAGGAGGGCGCCCGCUGAUGAAGGCCACUGACCAGACACCUGCCAUACUAGAAUAUGGUCUAAGGCAGUUAUGAGCCUCUGUCUUUAGUGACCUAGCUUUGAAAGUUACUAAGUGACUGAGGAACAUUUGUAAUUGGAUUUAUAUCCAGUUCAAAAAAGAUUUACAUGUAAGCCAUAUAGAAAUAAAGGGAAUUUAAAUCAAAUUGUACCAUUACAGAUUUCAUCUUGGAUAUUUUGCUUCACUGGGUCUACUUAACACACUUACUCUUUGGCUUAUUUUUUUUUGCACUGGUGUAAAUCUGUAAACAUUUUAGGCUUGAAAAAACAUGUUAUUAGUCAUAAAAUGUACCCUUUUCUUGACACUUUGACUUGUCAUAAAUCGGGGAGCAUCUCAUUACUGUCAACCAGGUGAUGGUCUUGUCAUUAUUCCAGCUCAUGCAUGUGUGAAUUUGCAGCUUGUUACAAUGUCAUUACCUCAGCUGAUGUGGAUAUUGUUGGUAUCAAAUAUAUCGGGUUUAAUUGGCAUUUUUACAGUGUCUUCAAAAGGUCCUGUGGCUCGGCAUUGAAACAGAAGGUUGUUGUAUAUGCAGAAAACCGUGCAGACAGCAGUGGAGCGUGUUUGACGUGAACAAUGCCAACAUUUGCUGCCGGAGAAAUGAUCCCAAUUCUGUAUUCCCUUGCAAAGAAACAACAAAAUGCUUUCCAGGACUUAAGAAAGGAAGAUACCCACAAGUUGAUGAAGCUGUGCUGCAUUUUGUCAGUGGGGCACUUGCAAAACAGUUGCCUGUCUUCUUCACACCAAGCGAUUGCAGACGAAGGCAGGAGAAAUUGCCAAAAAUCCUCAAAUGAGAUCUAUCACAAUUCAAAGCAAGGAGAGACUGGUGUGGCUACUUCAUGGAGAGGACUGCCAUUAAGACAUCAAACGUUUUAUCCAAAGCUGCCUGCUGGUAUUAGACGGAAGGCAGUGGUAGGCACCCCUUCAGGAAAUGCCAAAUUGCCAGUACUCUUGACAUUCUUGGGAAAAUAUGCAGAUCCCUAUGACUAAUUUGAAAAAUGGUUUGGAAGAAGGGGACUUGGAAUGUGAAGUUAUAGUUAUAACUUAACCAGUUUAUUUCACACAUUCUUUACAUAGGCACAAGAUUUAUGUGAUAAAAAUAUUUUAGAACAGGAAUAAAUACAAAAUAAAACAUUUUUCUGUGAUACAAGGCAUAUGCCAUAGCUUAAUGGGCAGUGUGUUUUUUCUUAGAGAUACAUAUGGUGCAUCUUAACAGUUGAUGGUCACCUAGAUUAAGUAAAAGUGAUAAUUUGUAAAUUUACUUUUCAAGAUAGCAAUUAUUUAUUGGAGAACUUAAUUAUAAGUCUUACAGUGUUAACAAUUAUUUUCUAUGAAAUACUUCUGGGGUAAACCUAUUGGGGUUUUAGAGUUGUAGUUAGGAAUCUAAGAACUGUCUUCUCCUUUAUGGAGAGAGAUUGGUCCCCCCCUUUAUAUGGGGACCGUAUGUUCUGGGCUUGUGUUGUGGAGAAAAUACUUCAGACCUCAAAGAGUACUAGGGCUUGAAAGAGUAGUGGUGGAAAAAAGUGCUUACCUGUAUAAAAUUCCUCUUGCCAGGAGUCCAUGUUUGUUUUAACUGAACUUUGGACUGUUUACUAGAGAAGAGAGAUGGAUUCAUGAACCUUCUAGUGUCUGCUCUAUACAGAAAUGAACUGCAAAGCCAUGUUACCUUCCUGGUUCUUGUCAUUCAUGUCUGUGUUUAAUCUUGUUUGAUACCUCAUUCUUCGUCCUGGCAGAUUUUGUCUAUUCAUUGUCUACAGGCACUAUCCCAAGUUGAGUCCCUAAAGAACUGUUUGUAGACACCAUAGCCCUUUGGGCACAUCGUAAGAAAAGUUAUAGAGGACAGCCUUCAUUUAGACAUUUUCUCGGGAAGAGGCCCAACAGCUGAGAGUUGGGUGCAAUUGUUCUGUCUUCUUCUGGGGCAUAAUGUGACCAGAAGGCAUAAAGAACAGUGACAUUGUUUCUAGCAUUGAUUUUUAAUAUUUCUUAUAUUAACUAAAUAUCACUAAACGGGUCAAGAUAUGCCACAAGGCAUCUUGGUACCGGGAGGUUGUUUACAUUAGAUUUUUUUUUUUAUAAUCUAAUGUGAGCUCCAGUUUUGGUUUUUUUGCUUAUGUUUUACAGUGGGUAUCUAAGGUUUCUAUAGCAAUAGGAAAACCUUGAAGCUGCAGGUGAGCGCUCUGUUGUGUCAGUAUUAAAGAAUGGUGGCUGAUGUAAUCACCCCCCCCAACCUAGAACCAGGCCCAAUCUAAUCUCUGUAAAGAUACAUACAGGGCAUAAUUUAUUGGUAUUUAUGUUUCCAGCAUAUCCUAUAAAACUUUAAUAAAAACUGUGCUUGGCUGGAGAAAUAAUACCGUAUGGUAUAACAGCUUAUACUUGUGUGUUUUAACUUAAGAAUGCAAAGACAUUUUGGAUGCCAGUAUGAAGAGUCUUAAGGCACAGUCCUUUGUGUAAAAUAGGUUUCAUGUAUCUCCUUUACCCCACCAGGAGAGAGAGGAGAAACUGUUGCCCCUCCAGGAUUCCUGUGUGCUGUGGGCUUCUGUCCCGUUUCCUGUCUUGAGUGCUUUUGUAGCUUUUUUCAACUGUCAUACCUGUAUUCUCAGGUUCUCAGUGCAAGGGGUGUGCUCACCUUCAAAGUUUAAAGACACAACAUACAAACACUCGAGUCUUGCCUGAUGACAUCAUCUCUUUGAGGACUGAUUAGAAACUUGAGGACUCAGGUAGAUUGUUGCAGUUCCUUUGUAGCCAGCCCUGCCCAAAUCUGUAGUUAGCCUCUGAAGGAAUGUGUGUGUGUGCCCAUAUGGUGGCAUGGCUCAGAUUUAAAUGCCAAAACACUAAAGAUGUGUAUAAGUUAGCUGGGGCGUUAAACCCACAUCCGAAGAUAGCUUUUGAACUAAAUGGCUUCGCACAGUGGAAGUAGAUACUUGGUAGCUGUUUCAUGGACAUGUUGACUGCUUUGUUUAGACUAGACUUAAGAACCAUUUCAAAAUGGUAUUUUGCUAAAAGUUUAGAGUGUGCAUGUGCUGACAUCUAAAACAUGAUGGGAAGUAGAACAUGUUUCGUGUUAAGAGGAACGAUGUUUGAAGUUACUGAGUCCACAGUGCAAUGUUUUAAAGUCAGUUUUCCUCAGAAGGUGUCUGACUGUGACUGGUAACCAGUGUAAUUGCUGACCUUGACUGGUAAACUAAGUGCUUUUAGUUUUGAAGUUGACUUCUUAAAGCCAAUGAGCAGUCCUCAGAGCCCUGAAGAGCUCAGGCGACUGUAGGAUGGCGUUGGGUUAUAGAGUUUAGAAUUAAAGCACCUUGUAUUGUCUGCUGUUAAAGUGUCCCAGAGUUUGAAACUUGUAACAAGUUACAUUUUUACCCUGUAUUAGUAAACUGCAUCUCCAUUUUUCAGCACACACUCCUUGUUGAGGACUGUCUAGCAUUAACCUCCACGCCAGUUCUAUGCAUAACCAUUCACCAAAUGCUGCUGCUGUGGUUUCUCACAGGAGCACUUCUGUCCUGUGCUGUGAUGCAUUGUCAUCCUGCUGCUUGACAAAUACGUUGUAAGGAAUUAGAACUGUGUGUGUUAAUAGUACCUUUAUAUAACAAGAUGUAAAAUACAGAUGAGGGAUAUGCAAAUGAGUGAUGUUCCUGUCUUAGGAUAUCUAAAGCUUCUUGCACAGAAUAAAUGAAAAUGAAAAUAA